AUGACAAAUAAAUCGAAUAAAAAUGAUUCAAUGAUCACGCACAAUGACAGUUAUUCAGCAGAUAUCAUAGCAAAUGAUGUUGAUGAACAUUCUCAAGAGUAUAAGCCUCGUCGAUCGAAAAUGGUUGCCUCUGAGCCAGUUAUUAAGGAAGAUGGAAUAGAAGAAGAAGAAGAAGAUGAUGAUGAAGAUGAAGAAAAGGACUCAGCAACAGCGACAGUGAUUCAGGAAGAAAUUAAGACUGUUCCAGUAGAAUCUUCACCGAAACCUCCUGCGAAACAAUCUGCAUACAAACAAUUGAAACUUGACCAGUUUAUAAAAAUCGCAUCAGCGAAAGAAACGCCAGCAUCAGCAAAACCAUCUACGGACGAAAAACCGGAAUCUAAUAAUCAUGUUCCAUAUCCUGAAACAGAAACGAAAACAGACAGCAACGAUGAAGUUCAAUUAGAAACAAGACGAAUAACCCGAAAUACUCGUCUACAUUCGACGUCAAAAUCAGAAGCUGAACCAGUUAAACCAGAGGAGAACGUCGCAACAGAAACGUCAACCAAACCAGAUCUGAAUCAUGAGAAUCCUUUUACAAGACAAAUUAGCGAAGGAGGUGUUUCCACAAUGUCGUCUAGCGACAGUCUAUCAAACGCAGACGCUCCUCGUUCGUCGUCUGCAGCAAACAAUAUGGAUCGACCAUUACCAUUGAAGAAACGAGCUUUAGCAUCGGUAAAUAUUCAAUCUUUAGCGGACGAUACCCUUUCGCCAUCGAAGAGUAAAAUAAAUCAGCCUCAUUUAAUUCGACAAUUGAGUACAGCGACCACAUCAACAAAUCCGCCUGAAACACCGUCAUCACUAUCAGAUAUUCUUGCAAAUCCAUUUCUCUCAUCACCAUCAAUCAAUGGUACCGAUGAUGAGACUAAAAUUGCUCGUAUUGAAUCUCAGCUGAAAGAAGAUACCAUUGAUAUAACCAACAAUAAUCAUGUGGAGAAAGAAGAAGAUCCAAUAUCUUCUUUGAAUCCAUUUGAAACGACAAUCAAACCAGUGGAAAUCACUGAAGAUCAGUUGCCACCACGUUCGACAUCACCCACAUCAAUGAUUGUUUCUCAAUCAAAUCAUUACAACUAUUCGACUAAAAACAAACAACAGCAACUACAACAACCGCACCAAGCAAUACCAGUCAAUAGCUUCCAUGGAUCUACGAAUAUGGCUUAUAGUUUUAAUAACUCAGCAUAUCCAUAUCCUUACCCUCCAGUACCACCCUAUAGUGUUCCACCAUAUUACUAUCCACCAAAUGCUGCGAUGGAUUACAUGUCUUAUUAUUCUGCAUCGUCAUCAUCGUCCAUCUAUCCACCGCCAGGCUCAAUCUAUGGUGAUACACCUGAACAACAAUCUUACUAUACAUCGAAUGGUAUGAAUUCCAUUACGUAUAACGGUAAUGGAACCGCACCCUAUGCUUACCCAACUGCACAAUCCUCAGCGCCCGCGCCCACAGCCACUCAACACCACUAG